AUGAACCCAGAAAAAUUCGACGUCUCUGCUCCCUCAGGAAUAAACAACCAACUAGAUUGGGGAGGACGAGUGAGGUUAGUCAACAAAACUAAGGAGCACGUCUCAAUCUUAGAAUCUCCCCAAAAUUGCAAGGGCAAGUGUCAAAUUAGGGGAUACCUAAAUCCAGCCUUCAACAGCACCCAAGGCUCAAGUGUAUUAGGUCAUAACACCUCUACAUUAAACAAACAACCCCCCUGA